GACGACGAUGACUGCCCGAAUCCUGCUGUUUUCCGCCACCAAAGGCUACCGGCACGACUCGAUUCCUGCCUCGAUUGAGGCGCUGAAGAAGAAGGGACCGUCUAUCAACGUCGAGUUUGACGAUACGGAGGACACCACUCAAUUCCGGGAUGACAUACUGACAAAGUACGACGCUGUGAUUUUUCUGAACAGCUGUGGGGAUGUCCUGGACGACGAGGGAAUAGCGGCGUUCCAGAGGUACCUGGAUAGCGGAGGGAACUUCGUCGGCAUCCACUGCGCCGCCGCGACGUGCGAGAACGCGCCCUGCGUGGGCAAGGAGCUCGGGGCGUACUUUGAUUACCAUCCGCCGCUCCAAGAGUCGGUCGUGGAAGUCAUCGACAAAUCGCACCCCAGCACCGCACAUCUGCCAGACAAAUGGCGGGUGCUGGACGAAAUGUACAACUUCAAGUCGGACCCCCGCGAGGUCGGCGCCAAAGUCAUCAUCACCGCCGACGAGACCAGCUACGAAGACCCAGGACCCAGGAAGUUCGACCAUGGCUCACCGCACCCCAUCGCGUGGUACCAAGAACGCGGCGCGGGCGUCCAGCCAGGCGGCACCGCCGGCCGCAGCUUCUUCACCGGCCUUGGGCACUCCAUCGAGAUCUGGUCGGACGAGACGUUCCUCUCACAUGUGCUAGGCGGGAUCGCCUGGACGCUGCAGUUGGGCACUACGCGCGCUUUCAACCCGGCUGCCAAGGUGGGGAAUGCGGGCAAUUGACGGAUGGUGGUGCG